AUGAGAAAACUGACCGAAUUCAUUAAAAGGCCCAAACCCUGCGAUUAUCGAGAUGCCGUGAAGGUGAACACAACCAAACCGCAAAAAUUAAAGCUUACAUUACCGCUUGAUCUAUCGUUUAUAAUUGAAAAAUAUCAUCCUGGGCUGUCUUUGUCCGCCAAGUUAAGAAAGAAAGACUUUUUUAGACUGACAAGCCGGAACUUUUCGUCGGUUAUUAUUAAACACGUCGAGAAAUACAUGGUGUAUGACGACAAGAGGGAGUUUAAUAUUGAAUUGGCACCUUUUUUAUCGCUAAGAACGCUUAAGAUCGCAGGUUGCUGCUACUUCGACUGCAUUUAUCUCACCAGCACGAUUGACAGACUGAUCAUGGACAGUGUUGAUUAUGUGCGAGGUAGGAACAUGGCAAUAAAUAAAGUUGAGCUGCAUAACAUGAAUUAUAACAUAGUUGGAAAGCUGCUGGGCUCUACAGCUAUACGGGACCUAACACUGGUAAACAUUGAGCUGGACAAUGAUUUUGAGCUUCCUGAGAGUGUGAAUGCACUGCUGAUCAGUAAAUGCGGACUUACCUUGGAAAGGGCCAUGCACAUCGUUCAGACACGCCGGCUAAUUGAUUUUACAUUUUUGGAGGACGGGUUUGAGCUGGAGUGCUUGCAGAACAACACCGUGAAGCAGCCCCUGCUGCGUAUAAAACACUGCAGCAGAGCAUUCUACGAGUUGGACUACACGAGCAUCAGCAAAUUGAAAUUGUAUGACACCAUGUACAUGGAACUGCUUCGUAUAAAUGCGUUAGAAUCCUUUACUUUGAGAGACUUUGUUGGCGAUGCAUCUGUUCUCAAGAUCUUCCUUUCAAACCACCAACUUAAGGAGCUUGAUCUGGAGAAUUCUGCAAUACCACAGACGAUGCUUUACGAUUUUGUAAUUCAAUUCGGAGCUACUCUCCGGCAUUUAAACGUGCAAAAAAUUGAAAUAACAAUGGACUUUCUAUGCUUUUUGAAGAAGAAACUGAGGAAAUGUACAGUUUUGUACGGAAAUGGUAAGAGCAUCAGAAUUGAUUGA